AUAGCCUCAGUAGUAGCCCGCGCCCUCUCCCCCAUCCCCGACGUGUUCUCUACCGCCGGCGGUCUUGAUAUUGCAUCAGACCACGCAGCAGUCGCACGGCGCUCAGCCCUCCAGGGGGCCAGAACCGUCGACGCGCUGAUCGAUUUAGUCCCAGGGGACUUUGUCGAAGUACUGCGCACUCCUCUUCGGGGGGUUGCCAGCACGGCUAACAAGCUGUGCUCGGCGCGCACCACUCUCGCCAAGUGGGAGGCCCAUCAAAAGGCCGGUACUAUGCCCUCGCACCUGUUUCGGCAGGCGCCCGAAAUUCAGAUGACUACUGAAUUCGGUUCAAGUGCCGAUGGGUCCGCCCAAAGGCAAGCACUUCUAGACGCCCAUAAAGCGUACCUAGACGGACUGCUCUCGUCUGCUAUAAAGGCGAAGCGGGACGACGUGCUCUUCUUGGAGAGAGCAUUGACCCCCCAGGAACUGUACAGCCGGCUCUCGCCGGUUGUGAUCGACCGUGGUCAGCGUGUACUUAAAGAUCGCAUGGUUGCGAACAUUAAGUUCUCCGCGGACAACAAGGUGGAGGGGUUGACCUGGGUGCAGGACACUCAGAAGGUCCAGGAGUGCAAGAAUUUGCUGGCCGACGUGGUGGUAUACGCCUUCCGCGUCAUUUCUAUUGUUGAAAUGACGUCGUACACUGCGUCGGCAAAAGAGGACCGAAAGAAGGCAUUAAAAAAGGCCGCGGACGUCGAGAUGGCGGAUGCCACUCGCGCUGGACCAUCGAUCCAAUCGAUGGUCGAUCGUGCAGUCGCCGCGCGCCUUAAACAAGUCGACAAACGAAAG